UUUAGAUUUUCGCCAAAUUGCAAUAAGUGCAGUGUUGUCGGAAUGCACUCGAUCGCUAUAAACGCAAAUUUAAUCGAAAAAUAAAAAAAAUUCAAAAACACAUAUAUUCACUCAAAUUGAAAUAAAUUUGACUUCGAUGGCUUGGAAAAGUGUAUAUUGUACAAAUAUUUUGAUUGCUUUAGUCGUUAUUUUUUGUCAUCAUGAUGUCGAUGGGCAACAAAAAACAAACGUUGGUUUGAUUUAUGAAUCAACAAAUCCUGACAUGGAAAAAAUAUUCCAAAAGGCAGUUGAUGACGCCAAUGAAGGCAACGAAGACAUUAAACUAUCCGCCGUUACCGCAGCUAUUACCCCGGGAAACGCCUUUGAAACCUCAAAGAGGCUUUGCAAAAUGCUCCGAUCAAGUGUAAUCGCGGUUUUCGGCCCAUCCACAACCGUGCCCGCCGCACAUGCCAUGAGCAUUUGCGAUGCCAAGGAAAUGCCAUUUAUGGAUACCCGUUGGGAUUUUUCCACACAAUUGCCUACCAUCAAUCUACACCCACACCCGACCCAGUUAGCUGUCGUUCUACGAGAUAUAGUUACAACGCUCGGAUGGCGAGGAUUUACGAUUCUCUAUGAAACUGGUGAAUAUCUGUCAAUUGUAAAUGAAUUACUUCAGCUCUAUGGGACAGAUGGUCCAGUUGUUACGUUGCGUCGUUAUGAGCUUGACAUCCAAGGCAACUAUCGCAAUGUUCUACGAAGGGUGAAAAAGUCCGAUGAUUUUUCCAUCGUUAUUGUUGGAUCCAUUGAUACCCUGCCAGAGCUCUUCAAGCAGUUGCAACAAGUGGGCCUCAUGAAUGAUGCAUAUCGUUAUGUUAUUGGAAACCUUGACUUGCAAACUAUCGACCUGGAAGCGUUUCAACAUGGUGAUGCUAAUAUUACGGGAUUUCGAUUAGUUUCACCGGAAAAUCAACGUGUGGUUGAUAUUUUAAAAUCUUUUGAUGAAAGUGUAGAGAAUCCUUUUCAAAAUGUGUCCUGUCCUAUGAGCGUGAAUAUGGCAUUGGUUUAUGAUGGCGUGCAAUUGUUAGCGGAAACAUUCAAGCACGUCAACUUUAGGCCUGUUCAACUUAAUUGCAAUGACGAUAGCAGCUGGGACAAGGGCUAUACUUUAAUUAACUAUAUGAAGUCGCUUUCAAUAUCAGGAAUAACUGGUGAAAUCAAAUUUGAUAACGAAGGACUUCGAACAGAUUUCGAGUUGGAAACAAUUGAAUUGAAUCCUCUGGGUCUUUCGAACAUAGGCACAUGGUCGACAAGUGAUGGGUUUGUUAUGAAUCGCAAACCACUUCCUAAUACCUUAGAUGUUGACCAACGUUCUUUGGUGAACAAGAGUUUUGUUGUAAUCACAGCUUUGUCUGAUCCAUAUGGAAUGCUUAAGGAAACAGCUAUUAAGUUGGAAGGAAAUGAUCAAUAUGAAGGAUUUGGCAUUGAUCUCAUAGCGGAAUUGGGAAAUAAACUUGGUUUCAAUUUCACGUUUAGAUUACAAGAAGACAACAAAUAUGGAUCGCUUGAUGCAGUCACAGGAAAAUGGAAUGGAAUGAUUUUGGAAAUCAUAGAAGGUCGAGCAGACUUGGGAAUUACGGAUUUAACAAUGACGUCUGAUCGAGAGAGUGGUGUUGAUUUUACCAUUCCCUUUAUGAACCUUGGCAUUGCAAUUUUAUAUAAGAAACCAGUAAAGGAACCUCCGAAACUUUUCUCGUUUAUGUCCCCAUUUUCGGGAGAAGUCUGGUUAUUGUUGGGCAUGGCAUACUUUGGGGUUUCCAUGAGUCUUUUUAUAUUGGGUAGAAUAUCUCCAACUGAAUGGGAUAAUCCGUAUCCUUGCAUCGAAGAACCAACCGAACUUGAGACACAAUUUAGUUUUGCAAACUCAUUAUGGUUUACGAUCGGAGCUUUAUUACAACAGGGAACUGAACUCGCUCCCAAAGCUCCGUCAACACGAGCUGUUGCAUCAUUUUGGUGGUUUUUCACAUUGAUUCUGGUUUCAUCGUACACGGCUAAUUUGGCAGCUUUUCUUACAGUUGAGUCUUUGAGCACACCAAUUGAGAAUGCAGAGGAUCUUGCAGCAGGAAAGGGAAAUGUUAAAUAUGGUGCCAAGCGUGGUGGAAGUACAUUUACCUUUUUCCAAGAUGCAAAAUAUCCAACUUACCAAAAAAUGUACGAAUUUAUGAGGGAUAACCCAGAAUACAUGACAUCCACGAACAACGAAGGAGUCGAACGUGUGGAAAAUGAAAACUAUGCUUUCUUAAUGGAGUCAACUACCAUCGAGUAUAUUAUCGAGCGGAAGUGUACACUUACCCAAGUUGGGGCCCUACUUGAUGAAAAGGGCUAUGGAAUUGCCAUGCGCAAAAAUAGCCCAUAUAGAGAUAUUUUAAGUCAAGCUGUCUUGGAACUCCAGGAGCAAGGUGUUUUGUCAAAGUUGAAGACAAAAUGGUGGAAGGAAAAACGUGGCGGUGGAGCUUGCUCGGAUACUCAAAGUGAAGGGGGUGCAACCUCAUUAGAAAUUUCAAACCUAGGUGGCGUGUAUCUUGUUUUAAUUGUUGGAUCAUUUUUCGCUGUAUUUGUGGCCAUUCUAGAAAUGAUUCUUGGAAUCAAGGAACGAUGCGACGAACAUAAGGUUCCAUUUAAAGCUGAAUUUUUAGAUGAACUGCGUUUUGUAAUGCAAUGUUCGGGAAAUACCAAGGCGGUUAAGUAUCCAAAAACUUCUGGCAGUUCGAGCUCAAGUUCUAGUUCUGGUUCGAAAUCAAAGAGAUCAACAGUAACAAUUGACUCGAUACCAUCAGCAAAUUUAGAUGACAGUAAGAUGCAUAAUAAUCGCUCUGAUCAUAACAAAAGUUAUAACAACAGUGACCAUAAUAAAGGCCACCAUCAGAAGUAAUGAUAUGUUACUUUUAAAUAAGAUUAAUUAAUAAUUAAAAUGUUGACAUAAUAUCAAAAUAUACAUAAAUAUAAUGUUUUAUUGCUUAAAUAAAAGUUA